AAAGCCUCUAAUAACGUCAGUCUAUGUGCUCUUGGGGUGUUUGCGUGUCUCCAUAGUGACCCUAGCCCAACCAAUCAGAGGCUGAACAAGAAUGUGAAAAAUGAUGUGUCACUUCGCCUUCACAACCUGACUGUUCUCACCAGACACAUCAGGACGUAUUACCAGGAGACUUUACAGCAGUUAAUAGUCAUGCCCCUUCCCAACAUCCUCUGCAUCGCCAAGGAUCCGAUAUCAGCCAAAAGCAUGGAAGAACUGAGAAGACUUUUGUUACUGAUACUAGGUUGUGCUGUUCAGUGUGAGCGUAAGGAGGAGAUGAUAGAGAAGAUAAAGCUGCUGGACAUCGAGACCCAGGCUGCCAUCGUCUCUCACAUCCAGGAGGUCACCCAUAACCAGCUGAAUGUUCUUGACCUGUCCUGGCUAGAGGAAGGAGCAGAGCUUGCGCACGAAGAGCUGGAACCUCUGUCCCGUAACAUGGCUGCAUCGUUGCAACAACUGAUUGACCAGAGAGACAAAGCCAGUGAGGAGAUUGUGGAUCUGACCCAGGAGAGGGAUUACCUGUUCUGUCAGCAGCCCCAGGAAGGGUGCAGGAACCUGGGCAUGAGCAGCCUGGAGGGUCGGCAGAGUUCUGGGGGUGUGGGAGUGAAUGACAGAGGAUCGGCUGUGACUGUGUCUUGGCUGACUAAAGAAGAGAAACAGCAUCUGUCUGUGGAGCUCGCUGAUACCAAGGCCAAGCUCCGCAGAUACAGACAAGAACUGGAGGAGAAGACAGAGCAGUUGAUGGAUUCAAAACAUGAAGUGGAACGUCUGGAUCAGGAGUUACAGAGACUGAAACAAGAGAACCAGUCGCUGUCUUGUGAGGCUCGUUCGGCCCGAGUGUACCGGGACGAGGUGGACUCAUUGAGGGAAAGAGCAGCCAGGGUUGAUAGACUGGAGACUGAACUGACCAGAUGUAAAGAAAAACUCAAUGAUGUUCACUUCUACAAGACCAGAGUUGAGGAGCUUCGUGAGGACAACCUGACUCUGAUGGAGACAAAGAUGCUGUUGGAAGAGCAGCUGUCAGCCUCCAGGGGUCGCUUUGAAAAACUUCACACGCUGGAGAAAGACAACCUGUUACUACGAGCUAAAAUACACGACCUUGAAAUGGAGAGGGACAAUGAACGUCAUAGGCUGGAGGAGCUGGUGGAGGAGAACAUGCUGCUGGAGAUCGGACAGAAACAGAGUAUGAACGAGUCAGCUCAUUUAGGCUGGGAGCUGGAACAGCUGACCAAGAACCAUGACAACACUAACAUAGAGACUCGUAAGUCAUUGGUCCAUGAGCUAAAUGAAUGUGUCUCCAGUCGAGUGUUGAAGCUGGAGAAGGAAAACCGGGAGCUACAGGCCUCUAUAGAGAGACUGAAAGAGGAGAACCACCUCUUGCAGGGGCAGCAGCUCCAUACUCAGGAGCUGGACAGGGAGAACCAGAGUCUUAGCAAGAAGUUGGAGCGUCUUCAGUGCUUGUUGGACCAAGAGAGAUUGACCAAUCAGGAAAUGGAAUCACUAGGAGAGGAAAUAUUGAAGGAAAAGCAUAGUCUGGAGAGAGAAAUGCAUGCUCUGAGGGCAGAGAAGGAUCAGCAGAUCUCAGAGUUAGAGAGUGAGAAGCAGCACCUGUCUGAUGCAGUGGUGUCCCUUCAGGAGCGUGCACAGUCUAACAGUGAGGCAAGGGUCCGUGAGGUGGAAGCAGAGAACCGUUUACUGCACCAGAACAUCACUGACAACAGCCCUCGAUUGGCCAGCUUGGAAACUCAACUCAAAAUAUCCAAUGAGGAGGCAGAGAGGCUGAGGGAGAGGGCAGGUCGGUGCGAGGAGGCAGAGAGAGAGGCAGUGAGGCUGGAACGGAGCCGGGAAGCUCUGAACAGAGAAGUGAUGUCUCUGCGUGCAUGCAGUGAGCGGUCAGAGGCUCUAGAGAAACAGGUUUCCUCCCUGGAGCAGGAGGUGCGCAGACUGAAUCGGGAGGCAGAGGAGGCCCAGCAAGAGCUGCAGCAACUGGGCAGGCACGAGGUGGAGAAUGGCCUGCUGUCAAAGGAGAACCUGGACCUCCACUGCUCACUGGAAAAACUGCGCUCCUCAUCUGCCUGCCUAGCCACCCUACAGGAGGAGCAUAAGGAGGCGCAGAGAGAAACACAGGAGCUGAAGAGGAGGAUGGAAGACAUCAGAGAGGAGGCACAAACUGAGAGGAAGAGAGCAGAAAGGCUGGAGUUGAACAUGGCAGCUCUGAAUCAGGAGAAGUAUCGCUUACAACAGGAAAUAGAGAGGAGUAAAGAGGAGAGAGAAGAGGUAGAGAGAGAGAGGCGGGAAACAAAUAGCAGAGAGGAGGAAUGGAGAAGGGAAGUAGAUGAACUUAAGGAAGAACGGAGAAGGAGGGAGGAAGGAGACAAGGAGAGGAGGAAGGUCCAACUGGGCCUGGAGCAGUCAGAGAAGGGCAGAAAGCAACUGGAAAAGGAGAGCUUGAAGAUCAGAACACUGCUAGAGGGGAAAGAGACAGAACUGGAAGAGAAAACCAGGCAAUUGGCUACAGUGGAGAAGGAGGGCAUGGCUCUGAGUAAGGAAGUGGACAGACUGAAGGAGGUGGCAGUCAAAGCCAAAGAGCUGGAGAGGGAGAACAAGGAGCUGCAGAAACAGGCGACUAUUGACAAGAGAACUCUGGCUACUCUGAGAGAGGAGUUGGUGUCAGAGAAGCUGAGUGUUCAACAACAGAGUGUUGAGUUAGAGAGACUCAAUGAAGAACUGGAGAAGAUUGGACUAAACAGAGAAAAACUACUGCAGCAGGAGCACACAAUGGAGGACAGCAGGUACAGGCUGCUGGAGUCUCGGCUAGAGGAAACUGUCCAACAGACAAUGAAGAUUAAGGAGGAGAAAAUCUCCACUCUGGUAAAGAAGCUAGAGGAGACCAACACACUCAACGCUACGCUGCGUGCGAAGCUAGCCACUGCUCAUAAGACAGUGUCUGCCCUGAGUAAGGAACAGGAGGAUGAACAAAACUUCACUUCCCAACGGCACUCAGGAGGUGGACGGCUUCAAGGGUCAGCCACUGCUGAGCUUCUACGAAUCAAGGAUCAUCUUAUUGAUGUAGAAAAGAAUAAUGCCUCCCUGCAGACAGAGAGCAGUCUGUUGAAGGAGCAGCUUAAACAACUGGAGAGCCAGAACACUUCUCUUAACAACCAGAUGGUGGCGCUGCAACGACAUACCACCACCCUGCAGGAACAGAAUUCAGCCUUACAUACACAGACAGCAAAAUUGCAGGUGGAGAACUCCACACUCUCCUCCCAGAGUGCAUCUCUCAUGGCCCAGAAUGCUGUGCUGCAGGGCCAAGUCACUGCCUUGGAGACAGAGGUAGAGUCGUGGCAGCGACAGCGUGAGGAGGCAUGGCGAGGUCGAGAAAGUGUGCUCAGUGACCACGAACGCCUGAUGAGCGUUCAUGAGAGGCAAGCACACGAGUAUGAGCAGCUGAUCAGUCAGCAUGCUAUGCUGAAGUGCAAACAGAGGGCGCUAGAGACUGAACACAGGACGCUGCACAGCAAGUAUUAUAUUUUGCUUGAGCAGAAGGAGAAAUGGGAGGAGCAGGAAGGGCAUGGUCAGAAAGAGAAGGAGGAACUAAACCAAGAGAUCCAGAAGAAUCAGCUACUACAGCAAGAGAAUCUUCAGCUAAAAACAGAGGUGGACAGAUUGAGGGAGAUCCAAGCACAGCACUCAGAGCAAAGUGACGGGCUCCAGCAGGGCAUAAAUGAACUCAAGAGCUCAUUAAGCUCCGCCCAGCUGGAUGUGAAUCGAUGGAUGGCACGAUACGAUUCCCUAAUGGAGCAACACCAGGGCCUGGAUCUAACCAUGACCAAACUAGACAACCACUGUGAGCUGUUGAGUCGACUGAAAGGGAACCUGGAAGAGGAGAACCACCACCUGCUUAGUCAGAUUAACCUGCUGAGUCAGCAGAACCACACUCUGCUGGAGAGGAGCAUGGAGAGCAAAGAGCUGUAUCACCAGGAACAGAAACUAUACAUAUUGAGGGAGAUCCAAGCACAGCACUCAGAGCAAAGUGACGGGCUCCAGCAGGGCAUAAAUGAACUCAAGAGCUCAUUAAGCUCCGCCCAGCUGGAUGUGAAUCGAUGGAUGGCACGAUACGAUUCCCUAAUGGAGCAACACCAGGGCCUGGAUCUAACCAUGACCAAACUAGACAACCACUGUGAGCUGUUGAGUCGACUGAAAGGGAACCUGGAAGAGGAGAACCACCACCUGCUUAGUCAGAUUAACCUGCUGAGUCAGCAGAACCACACUCUGCUGGAGAGGAGCAUGGAGAGCAAAGAGCUGUAUCACCAGGAACAGAAACUAUACAUUGAUAAGCUGAAUUCUCUUCGUCGGCAAAAAGAGAAACUUGAGGAGAAGAUCAUGGACCAGUACAAGUUCUACGACCCUACACCUAAAAAGAGGAGUCAGUGGUCUGGAGCCAAAGCUUUAGCCAAACUGAUUAAACCCCGAAAGGAGAGCAGCAGGGAGAGAGGGGGCGACCGAGACAAAGACGGGGGCAAGGACAGAGAACAAGCAAAGAGUGCCCCGGACAUUCCCCUACCUGCCCCACCCCCACUCCUCCCCCCUGAGAGACCACCCCCUCUUCCCCAGCGGACAGGAAGUGACUUGCAAGAUGGUGGCCAUGCUCACAGUAACCUUAACAACCACACCACCAGCCCGAGCCUGGGACCCCAGACUCCAGCAACACUGACACCCGUCAGCCGAGGUUUGACUGACAGGGGCCAGGGAAUUUAUCAUAGCAGUACUCCAGGAGGCAGUAGUGAGAGUGUCAAUGGAGAAGAUGGACAUGGACAAGGUCAGACUAAUAAAGCUCUGAACUCCACUCCAAAAAAUCAGUCCUCAUUGAGCCUAACCAGCAACUCUAGCUCCAGAAUUGGACAAGGCCACAGCCGCAGGCCCAGAGGUCUGUUAUUUGAUGAAGACUCUUGCCACAAUACCUCUGACUCCAUGUUUGGCCACAACGGCAACAUGGGAGGUCGCCCAGGAUCGGCAGACUUCAGCCACAACACCUCCAGCUCCAACUCACCUGUCAGUUGCAGAGACACACAGGAUUGUCAGGCCCCCUCCGCCAGCCUCUUUAGUGAUGAUGUCAUUGGUCUCAGCCGAUCACAGCAGACUCUGUCGUGUAGUUCCACCUUUCCAUAUGACCAUACACCCCAGAGGGCCCAACAACCGCGCGUAGGCGGGGUUAGGACCAAGACUCGUCCAUCUUCACCUGGAAGUGAGAUGGUGACACUGGAAGAGUUUCUACAGGAGAGUAACUUACAGUCACCUCCUAUGGUGUCUAUGGGAAGCAGGGAGGACUUGAUGACUAACUAUUUCACCAAAAGUCCUGCCUCCUCGGCUCCCAAUAACAGAGAUCAGGUGACUCCCACCAGCUAUGUCAUGCCCACUGCACAACCAUCAAACCAGAGGCCAGGCCAGAGUGUGAAGCCUUCACCCCGCCAGCCUGUUGGCCACUCCCCAUCCUCAGGCCAGCCCCUCCCUCAGAGAACCAGCCAAUCACUAAGCCGGGCCUUUAGCCUGGCCUCAGCUGAUUUGCUGCGCUCCAGUGGACCAGACAGUUUCCGUGGAAAUGAGGGUUCCCCUGGCCAGUCAGAUGUGGUGGUUCGGCGGCAAGGGGGAGGGGCUAAUGGGAGAGAACGGCCGCUCUCUGCUCGUCUGGCUGGUCCAACCAAUCAGCUUGGAGAUGGCAGCUUCUUAAACCCAUCUAUUCACCACUCAUCCUCUCUCAAUCUGCAGACAGAGAGAUACGCAGAGCGAGAAAGAGAGAGAGGGAGGACUCCUGUCUCUCGAAACGGCCCAUCCUCUUCCUUGUCCUACCAUCACCAUGGAGAGGUUGCCAUGGUAACCCCUGUCAGGGCUGUGCCUGUGACAAAGGCUGAUGAAGCCUCUGAGCAUGGAGAGGUGUUAAGGGAAGGACAGUCAGAUGACUCCUCCCUCUUAAGGAAAGAAAGUGAGAGAAUGAGGUGUGGUUCUGUCGAUUGUGCAAAAAACACACCAGCUUCCCCUGACCCCAACAAUGAUCCUCAGACUGUGUGGUAUGAGUAUGGUUGUGUCUAAAGAUGGGAACCAAAUAACUCAAAACUACAAUCUGUUGCGGCUAAAUGCUGGAGCUUCAUUGGCUAAGUUCAAACCCUCAGACACAAGUAAUCAGUCUUUUGACUAAGCUCUUUUUAUUGUGGAUAAAUGUUAGAACUUAGAACUCUUUGAAGUCUAUGGUUAAGCUUUGUUCCAACGCAGCAUUAACCCCUGGAAGUCUGUGGGCAGGGCUUUGUCACAUUCAAAAACAUCUCUGCACAAAGGAAAUUACUUUGUAUUUUCUGGAACAACCUUGUAGACAAGCAACCCAACCUGAGUCCAAACACCACAUGGCAAUACAGCUGAUUGAAAAAGUCAUUCAGGAAGUUUUCUGAAGCUAAGGAGCUGCCAGGGUUUCAGCUGCACACAAAGGUCAUGUCACACCCCAAUUAUUGGAUGUAUGGAGUCAAUUACCACUCACCAUUUUUCCACUCACCAUCAUCAUCACAAGCUGAAUCUCUCAGAGGCGGAUGCAGUAUAGUUUGAUGGUCUGUUAAGGAUUUAGACUUGAACAGCAGAAGCCUAAAGUCUCUGACAAUGACGGAAUUCAUUAGCCUCUGCUGUUUUAUUAUCACUAUGUUUACUGUGAUCCAGUAAUGUAGUGUCCAGCAUGUUUUGACCAAAUGAUGAUUUAGAUGUCAAUUUUUUUUUAAAGAGUUCUGAUUUUACCACAUACAGAAAUGGAGAUGGAAGCUGCAAUGUCUUGUUGUGGACCCGAACACUAAGAACGGGCUUUUUGUAUGAGCUGGAACUCUUUGACUGCUGCCUGACACACCGUCCAGCCCUAAAAAUGUUUUCCUGGAUGCCACUAAUUCUGCAGAACUGUAUGCCAGGAAUUAACCCUCAUCGAGAGUGACUAAACUAAAGUGAAGAUGACCAGAAGCACCAGAGCAACUGAAUGUAUCAGAUUUCUCCUCCUUUUUUUCUGGCCUCCUCCUCUUUGUGCUAUCUAGAACAAACACUGGAAAAGACAAGAGAGGAAGGGGGGAAAUGGAGCAAUUCAAAUAAAGAGAGAUGGAGCAAGUGAAGGUGAAGAAGGUGUAGACAUAGAGAGAUUGAGUUAGGGUUAGAAUAAGUACUGGGAUGCUGGGAUGGAAACAGGUGGACAGCAUGAGACAGAUGAAGGGACAGAUAUAGAGACAGAUGGAGUGAUGGGAGGAUGAAUAGAUAAACGGGACAGAGAUGGAGGGGCUCCUCCCAGUUAAAUUACAAUCUUUCUUCCUUCAUCUUUAGAUUCUGUCCCAGCAUGCAACACUCAACUUUUCUGGAAAUGUUGCUCUGCCAAAACCAACACUAGUUUCAAAAACACACAACAAUCAUAUGCAGGCACACACACACACACACACACACACAAACACACACGCACAUAUAUAUAUAUAUA